UGCCUACAAAACCAAACGAAACAACUGCAAAGCAAGGCCCGACUGGCCGACUGCAAUCGUCCUGCCAGUGCCACACCCUUCACGCACACAAGGCUAGCUUAAAAGUCCAAAUCCAGACCACGCAGCGCAGCGCAGCCGAGCACGAGCGCCGCCAUUCCCUCCCUCUGCCUGCUGGAUCCUCCACCCGCCGCUCCUCUCUCUCUCUCUCUCUCUCUGGAGAUCCAUCCAUCCGGACGUGGAUUCCUUUCUUCUUCUGUUGUUUGUUGUGCCCUGCUACGGAAUCCAUCAGUCCACGAUUUGAUUGGGUGUUGUUCUUCUCCAACGCUCGAGAUCGACACCAGCCGAGACCACAGGACUUCGUGGUACCCACGCGCUAAAUCAUUCGAGGCCGGGAGAUUGAGGAGGAGGCCGGCCGGGGAAGAAGACGCCGGCAUACCGCUUUUGGCUCUGGCUGUGGCGCACACUGUUUGCACGGCGGGUAAAUUCGUGGACGCGAGGGAGGAUACUCUCUAGCUUUGGGCCGUCAGUUACCUCUAGCGCGAUCUACAGGAGAUAGAGCAGUGACUCGUAACUGAAGAUGCUUGCAUGCAUUGCGUGUUCCUCGAAGGAAGGCGGAGAGGACGGCUCCAGUGCCGCGGCCACGCCUCACGGCAAAGAUGCCGUCAAGUCCCUUACCUCGCAGCUCAAGGACAUGGUGCUCAAGUUCUCCGGCUCCAACAAGCAGCACAAGGGUGCAGCCGGGGCUCCGUCGUCCAGGAGCUACCGCCCCCGCUACCCCGGCUUCAUUGACGACACUGGCUUCACGCUGACAAGCAGGGUUCUCGGUGAGGACUAUCACGCAAGGACGGCAUUGGCAGCAGCAAAUGCCGGCGUGCGAACCGCGCCGCCGACGUGGGACGUGGCCAGGAGCAACCGCGGCUGGCAGCAAGGAGUCAAGAGCCCGGGUGGUAGCAGCUGGGAUCCGAGCAUCGGGGAGGCGGCUGGUGACGAGGUGGUCGUUGUGGAGGAGGCCGCCGUGCCCAGGGAGUGGACGGCGCAGGUGGAGCCCGGCGUCCAGAUCACCUUCGGCACGCUCCCCGGCGGCGGCAACGACCUCAAGCGCAUCCGCUUCAGCCGGGAGAUGUUCAACAAGUGGGAGGCGCAGCGGUGGUGGGGCGAGAACUACGAUCGCAUCGUGGAGCUGUACAACGUGCUAACAUUCAGCGGCCGGCAGCAAGGGGGUUCCACUCCAGCGUCCUCCGUCGAUGACUCCGUGCUGAGAGAGUUGUCCUACUCUCGGGGCGGCUCGACUAGGGGCAGCCCGGUGGUAAUGCCGCCGCAGCCGCCGCCGGCGAGCAAAGAGCCGAUCGCCCGGAGCACGUCGUGCAAGGCAAUGCCAGGGUCGUCGGCGCCGUACGCGGCCUCGCCUUCUACCACGGCAGCGUACUACCCGUCCGCGGCCGUCCCCGACCCGUCCGACCACGUCUGGGCUCACCACUUCAACAUGCUAACCUCCGCGGCGGCCGGCACAUCAGCUAUGGGCGGUGGUGGCCCGUCGUCCUACGACCCGUCGCGCGCCACCACCUCGUCCCGGGACGAGGCCUCCGUGUCCAUCAGCAAUGCGAGCGACCUGGAAGCGGCAGAGUGGAUCGAGGAGGACGAGCCGGGCGUCUGCCUCACCAUCCGUGAGCUCGGCGACGGCACCCGCGAGCUCCGCCGUAUCCGCUUCAGCCGGGAGAGGUUUGGCGAGGACAGGGCAAAGGUGUGGUGGGAGCAGAACAGAGAGAGAAUACAAGCGGAGUAUCUGUAGCAAGGGAUCAGAGAAGGGUCGAUGUGAUUUGCUGGCUUCCAAAGGAUAAUCGAGCAUGUUGGGGGAUAGAUUAGAGGGAGAUGAUACCGCUAUACAUGAUGAAAAGAGUGUCAAUGGUGAAAGAAAUGGGUGAUGGUACUUGGCUUUAGCUAAGGUUGUAUAUGGAGCUUUGUUGAGUAUCUAGAUGGAUAUAUACUUAAUUGUCUUUGGCUUAGUUACUUGUAAUGCACAAUUUGGUUCGUUCGUUGGUUUAAUUUAUUUUAACUCUGUCCAUUUCUUCCUUGGGUUUAUGUAACUAGUCCUGAUUUUGUGUG